GACUGUUCUCAAAUAUCUGGUUAUGGCGAGGUGUCGCUGGAGCCCUUACUGGUGCUGUCAUUUUGAUAUUGUGUAUUCAGUUUGUAAACCGUUCUUCAGCCAAAGAUUUUCCUGUCUGUCCUUCCCUGGAACUCUGUCCAUCAGGUUGGCUGUAUUUCCAGAGGAAAUGCUACUACCUCUCGGAGAGUGAAGCCAACUGGAACUCCAGUCAGAGCCUCUGCUCUUUGCACAAUGCUUCCCUCCUGGUGAUUGAAAAUCAUCAGGAACUGAGUUUUAUGGUGAAGAUAACAAAGCAAGACCCAUGGAUUGGACUCUAUAAAAGAAAUGAAGAGUUCUUUUGGGUAAAUGGGAGAGCAUUAGACAAUAAACUGAUUGAAGUAAAAGGCUCUGGAAACUGUGCCUAUCUUGAGUCAAAAGGAGUCUCGGCCUCUGGGUGUUAUUUAACAAGGAAGUGGGUCUGUAGCAUGACUAUUAACUUGGCACAGUAA